AUGGAGGACGGAGUCCGUGUACACUUGCACGUCACCAUCUCGCCUCUUCUCCGCGACCCGUCACCUGGCACCACCACAACCAUCAUCCACGACCCAUUCCCGGCGAGAAUCAACCAUUUCCAAUUCUGCCGCUCCCCUCUUCGUUCAUUCGCCCGUGUCGCCUCGACCGAGAAGGAGGAGCCUCCGUCGCCCGCCAUGUCCCCCGUCGACCAGGGCACCCUCACAGGCACCAUCCUCACGACGGCGCUGACGACCUUUGUCAGCGGCUGGCUCUUCGGCGUCUUCACCACACGGGGCUACCUCAUCUCCCCGGCCCUCUCCGAUCAACGCGAGCAUAACCAGCUCGACCCGGUCGAGAGCGACGAGAGCGACGUCGACGAGCAUGAUUCGCUCCUCGACCACGCCCCGAACUGGGCCAACGGCGAGCAGGCCGAUCGCAAGCAAGGCCUGCGGGUCAGCAGCAAGCCGCUCGAGUACAGCGGAGAAGAGUGCAAGCUCGUCUUGGUCGUCCGCACCGACCUCGGCAUGACAAAAGGCAAGAUCGCCGCGCAGUGCUCCCACGCGACCCUCGCCUGCUACAAGGCGCUCGCCCGCGCCGCCCCCGACUCGCCGCAGCGAAAGGUGCUCGCCCGGUGGGAGAAGCUCGGCCAGGCCAAGAUCGCCGUCCAAGUGAAGAGUCAAGAGGAGCUGGUGGGGCUGAUAGGCAAGGCCCGCGCCCUGGGCAUCGCCGCCGAGGUCAUCCAGGACGCCGGCCGCACCCAGAUCGAGGCCGGCAGCGUCACCGUCUUGGGCGUCGGGCCGGCGCCCAAGAGUCUCGUCGACCAGGUCACGGGGCAUCUGAAACUGCUGUAA